UGGGAUUGAGAGAAAAGGUGUUAGUGCAGCUUGGACGCAAAGAGGAGUUGAUCAGAAGGAAUUUCCCAUAUUUCCUAGGGCUUUGGACAUCCUGGGAAUCCCUAGGCAGAACUACCCGGCCCUGGGGAAUCCCAGAGAUCACACAGACCCAGAAGGCAACUAGAGGGAAGUGAGAGGUUGGGCUCCAGCUGACUGCCUGAGUUGCCCAGGCCUUGUGGACCUCCAGCUUCUUUCUCUGACCGUCCAAAGCCAUGUCUCUGCCCAGACAGCUCCGAGAAGAGAGUGACUUCGACCAGCUCCCAGAUGAUGUGCCUAUAUCAGCCAACAUCGCUGACAUCGAGGAGAAGAGGGGCUUCACCAGCCACUUUGUGUUUGUCAUUGAGGUGAAGACGAAAGGGGGAGCCAAGUACCUCAUUUACCGCCGAUAUCGCCAAUUCUAUGCCCUACAUACUCAACUGGAGGAGAGGUUUGGGCCUGAGAGCAAGACCGUCCCCUUUGCCUGCACCCUCCCCACGCUGCCAGCCAAGGUUUACGUCGGUGUGAAGCAGGAGAUCGCCGAAAGCCGAAUCCCCGCGCUCAACUACUAUAUGAAGAAACUUCUCAGCCUGCCUCCUUGGGUACUGAUGGAUGAAGACGUUCGCAUCUUUUUCUACCAGUCCUCCUACGACUCCGAGCAAAUCCCGCAGGCUUUAAGGCGACUCCGGCCUCGGACCCGGAAAAUCAAGAACAUCUCUCCUCAAGCUCCGGGUUUUGACCGUCUGGGCGCUCCAUGUGCUGAGGCUUUGUUUGACUUUACUGGAAACAGCAAACUGGAGCUGACAUUCAAGGCCAAAGACAUGAUUUUCCUGUUGAGCCGAGUCAACAAGGACUGGCUGGAGGGCACUACCCAUGGCGCCACAGGGAUCUUCCCAGUCUCCUUUGUGAAGAUCAUCAAGGACCUCCCGGAAGAGGAAGAUGGCCUCACAAAUUGGCUUCGAUGCUACUAUUAUGAAGACACAGUGAGCACCAUCAGGGAUAUUGCAAUAGAAGAAGACCUCAGGAGCACUCCGUUAUAUAAAGACCUGAUGGAACUAAUGAGGCGAGAGUUCCAACGCAGCGACAUUGCUCUCAAUUACCGGGACAGCCAGGGGGACCUGGUGCGGCUGCUGUCUGACCAGGACGUGGAGCUGAUGGUGAAGCAGGCCUGGGCCCAGCCCACUCAGAAGCGGCUCUUCCCUUGGAAGCUCCACAUCACGCAGCAGGACAGUCUCCACGUCUACAACACAGCCCCCUGAGAAGCCGUCGCUCGUUGGGCCGGGGCAGGGAUGGGGCGGGAAGGUGGCGGAUGAUUCUCUCCCCCAGACUGGAGCUGACGACGCCCAGCCGGCCUCUUGUUCCAAGGUGCUCGGUUCCCAUGCCAUCUGCCCCUAACUUCCCCAGCCUGAAUGAAAUAAACAGUCUGCAGCCUCA